UAAAGUUUCUUUACCUUCUAUAUAUAUUGAGAGAGAAGAUAACCUUGGUCCUUGGCUGGGUGGGGACUCAUCCAAAAUCCUUGGCCCUUGACAGAAGAAAACAGGGGAGCAUAUAUCCAAUCCAUAACUAAAUAGAUAAAGUGAGAGCUCCAACCAUUUUCUCUGGCUUGUAGCUAAAAUGGCAGCGCCUGAGAAUCAAGCCAAGUCUACAGAUAUGGCUGAUAUCUUAUCAUCUGAAGGGGUUGAGUUCCUUCUGUCAAGUGAAGGAAAGGUACCCUUGUCGUCAUGUCAUGGCAAGAAAAUUUGCCUAUAUUUCUCAGCAAACUGGUGUAGGCCAUGCAAAGCUUUCACUCCACAAUUGGUUCAGCUUUACAAUUCUCUCAAAAAUGGAGGGAAAGAACUAGAGAUCAUCUUCAUCUCCUUCGACCGCGACAACACCAAAUUCGAAGAGCAUUUCAAAUGCAUGCCAUGGCUGGCCGUGCCGUUUGAGUUAAAUCUGCAUAGAAGAUUGAGUGAGAAAUUCAACGUGGAUCGGAUUCCAUCUCUUAUUCCAUUGAGUUCAGAUGGAGUUUCAAUCGAAGAGGAUCUGAUUGGAUUGAUCGAAGACUAUGGUGCUGAAGCGUUUCCAUUCACUAGGGAGAGAAGAGAAGAAUUGAAGGCCAUUGAUAAGGCUAAGCGUCAAGGAGGGAAACUGGAGCUGCUUUUGGCUCAUGAAGAACGUAACUAUCUUAUUUCAAGAGAUGGAACCCAGACUGAGGUCCAAAACCUUGUCGGAAAGACAAUUGGGCUAUACUUUGGGGCCCACUGGAGCCCACCAUGCCGAUCAUUCACAACAAAGCUUAAAGAGACAUACGACGCCGUUUGCUCACCUUCAUUCGAAAUUGUGUUCGUCUCAACAGACCGAGACCUGGACGAGUUUGAGCUCAACCUCGGACUCAUGCCCUGGCUCGCAGUCCCGUACCACGACCGAAAGGCCCGUCAAGACCUUUGUCGGAUCUUCAACGUGAAGGAGAUUCCGGGUCUGGUUCUGAUCGGACCCGAUGGGAGACCCGUUUCGACUGACGGGAAGGCGGUGAUCUCGAUGUACGGAGCUAGGGCUUUUCCGUUCACGGAGUCGAGGAUCGGGGAAGUGGAGGCGGCGCUGAGGAAAGAAGGGGAGGCGUUGCCCGCACGUGUGAAGGACCGGAAGCAUGAGCACGUGCUGAAAUUAGAUAUGGCUAGAGGGUAUGUUUGUGAUUGGUGUAAAGAGGGAGGGAGAUUUUGGGCAUUCUCUUGUGAUGUUUGUGAUUAUGAUCUUCAUCCAACUUGUGUGGAAAUUGAUAACCCUGAUUUGUCUUCUUUAUCUUUAUAGACAAGAUAAGACAUUUAUGAUAUAUAGGAUAUUAUAUAAUAUACAAUACUGUAAAUUCGUCUAA